AUGACAAAGGCUGCGCUGAUGACAAGGGCUGGGUGGAUGACAAAGGCUGCGCAGAUGCCAAAGACUGCAAAGAUGACAAGAGUCUCACAGAUGACAAUGGAUGCACUGAUGACACGGGCUGCACAGAUAAUCAAGGGUCUCACAGACAACAAAGGCUGCACAGAUGACAAAGGCUGUGCAGAUGACAAAGGCUUCAGCGAUGAAAAGGGCUGUGCAGAUGACAAAGGCUGCGCAGAUGACAAAGGCCGCGCAGAUGAUAAGGGAAGCACAGAUGACACGGGUUGCGCAGAUGACAAAGGCUGUACCAAUAACAAAGGCUGCGCCGAUGACAAGGGCUGCACUAAUGACACGGGCUCGGCAGAUGACAAGAGAUGCACUGAUGAAAAGGGCUGCGCAGAUGACAAUGGAAGCCCAGAUGACACGGGCUGCGCAGAUGAUAAAAGCUGCGCAGAUGACAAAAGCUGCUCAGAUUACAAAGGGUGCAAAGAUGACAAGGGCAGCAAUGAUGAUGCCAAAAGCCGUCAAGAUGACAAGGGCUGCAGAGAUUACAAGGUCUUCAUUGAUGAUGACAAGGGCUACAUUGAUAACAAGGACUUUACUGAUGACACGGGCUGUAUCGAUGACAAGGGCUGCCCUGAUGAAAAUGCAUGCACUUAUGACAAAGAAUUCACUGAUGACACGUGCUGCAAUGACGAUUACAAAGGCUGCAUUGCUGAUGAGAAACGCUGCAUAGAUAACAAUGGCUGCAUUGAUGGCAAGAGCUCCGCAGAUGACAAGGGCUGCAAUGAUGAUGCCAAAAGCCGCCUAAUUGACACGAGCUGCAUAAUUGACAAGGGCUACGCAGAUGACAAGGGCUGUAAUGGUGAAAAGUGCUGUAAUGAUAGUUAUGAAGGCCACACUGAUAAUGACAUGCGAUGCAAUCAUGAUGACAACGGCUGCACUGAUGAUUACAAGGCCUGCACAGAUGACAUUGGCUGCACAAAUGAUACGGGCUGCACAUAUGACACGGGCUGCGCAGAUGACAAAGGCUGCGCAGAUGACAAGAGUCUCACAUGUGACAAGGAAUGCACUGAUGUCAAGGGCUGCACAUAUGAGACGGGAUGCAUAGACGACAAGUGCUGCGCAGAGGACAAAGGCUGCGCAGCUGACAAGGGAUGCGCAAAUCACAAAGGCUGCACAUAUGACAAAGGCUGCGCUGAUGACAAGGGCUGGGUGGAUGACAAAGGCUGCGCAGAUGCCGAAGACUGCAAAGAUGACAAGAGUCUUACAGAUGACAAUGGAUGCACUGAUGACACGGGCUGCACAGAUGACAAGGGUCUCACAGACAACAAAGGCUGA